ACAAGCUGAAUAGAAAUUAUGACAGCUCUACCAGGACUUUCUUAGACCUAUUAGUAUUUAGAGGCUCACUCUUCUAUGUGCUUAGUUUGUUGAGUUUAGCACUGACUCACUGGUGUGGGAGGCUCUCUCGCAGUGACAUUGACCCAUAACCCCAACUCUGCUUUGCAGGUUCUGUCUCCCGUUGAGUUGGACUCUAAUUUUGCCUUUUGACCCCCGGAGCUGAGAAGGGUUUUUUGAUCUGACAGGAGACGGGACCUGCUGUGAACCACUUUGGACAGACCCAGCAGCAUUUUCUUUUUCUUUUUCUUUUUUUAUGAGCUUGGAAAACAGGAACAUUUCUACUGCCAGUGUUUUUCUGUUGAACCAGAUCUGAGACUAUCCACACUGGAGUCGUAUAUUUAAAGGGAUCUCUAUAGCCCCCUUUUUGCUCCAGGACCAUGGGCUUUCUUUGUGGUAGCGUUAUGCUGCUGUGUGGGGUGGCUCUGCUCAGGACGGAGGGCAGCGGAGUUCAACAGACCAAGAACAACGUCCCCCGGCUAAAACUCUCCUAUAAAGAAAUGCUGGAGUCCAACAACCUGGUGACAUUCGAAGGCCUUCCUAACAGCUCGGCUUACCACACCUUCCUGCUGGACGAGGAGAAAGGACGGCUGGUGGUGGGAGCGAAGGACCACAUCUUCUCAUUCAACCUCCUCAACAUCAGCAAAGACUUUACACAGAUCCCUUGGACAGCGUCUCCCACCAGAAGAGAUGAAUGCAAGUGGGCAGGAAAAGAUAUUUCGAGAGAGUGCUCCAAUUUCAUAAAGGUGCUGCAGCCCUUCAACCAGACCCACAUCUAUGCGUGCGGGACGGGAGCCUUCCACCCGGUGUGCUCCUACCUGGAAGUUGGGAAGAAACUGGAGGAUAAUGUGUUCAGACUGGAGCCUCAUGUAGAGAACGGCCGUGGGAAGAGUCCCUACGAUCCCAAGCUGCUCACUGCGUCCAUGCUAAUUGACGGUGAGCUGUACGCCGGGACGUCCGCUGACUUCAUGGGGCGGGACUUUGCCAUCUUCCGCACUCUGGGAAAGCAUCAUCCUAUCAGAACGGAGCAGCAUGACUCCAGGUGGCUGAAUGAUCCUAGAUUUUUGGGUGUUCAUCUGAUCCCGGAGAGCGACAACCCGGAAGACGAUAAGAUCUACCUGUUCUUCCGAGAGAACGCCAUUGACGGAGAGCACGCUGGAAAGGCCACGCAUGCUCGCAUCGGGCAGCUCUGCAAAAAUGACAUGGGAGGCCACAGGAGUCUGGUGAACAAGUGGACCACCUUCCUGAAAGCUCGACUCGUUUGCUCCGUGCCCGGCGGCAAUGGAAUAGACACACACUUUGAUGAACUCCAGGAUGUUUUCCUCAUGAGCACAAAGGAUCCCAAGAGCCCGAUUAUCUACGCAGUUUUUACCACUUCCAGCAACAUCUUUAAAGGCUCAGCCGUGUGCAUGUACAGCAUGACGGACAUCAGAAGAGUGUUCCUGGGUCCGUACGCUCACAGAGACGGUCCUAAUUAUCAGUGGGUGCCCUUCCAGGGCCGAGUCCCCUACCCAAGGCCUGGCACGUGUCCAGGCAAGACGUUCGGUGGAUUUGAUACGACCAAAGAUCUUCCAGACGAAGUUGUAACCUUUGCCAGAAGCCAUCCGGCCAUGUUCAACCCCGUCUACCCCAUCAACAAUCGGCCCAUCAUAGUGAAAACGGACGUGGACUACCAGUUCACACAGAUAGUGGUGGACAAGGUGGAGGCAGAAGACGGCCAAUAUGAUGUGAUGUUCAUCGGCACAGACAUGGGGACGAUUUUGAAAGUGGUGUCCAUCCCCAGAGGCUCCUGGCACGACUUGGAAGAAGUUCUGUUGGAGGAAAUGACCGUGUUCAGAGAGCCAACAGCCAUUACUGCCAUGGAACUUUCAACAAAACAGCAACAACUGUACCUCGGCUCAGACAUGGGCGUUUCCCAGAUGCCCCUGCAUCGCUGUGAGGUUUAUGGGAAGGCCUGUGCUGAAUGUUGCCUGGCAAGGGACCCGUACUGUGCGUGGGAUGGCACCGAGUGCUCCAGAUACUUCCCCAUGGCUAAAAGGCGAACGAGGAGGCAAGAUAUCAGGAACGGAGACCCGCUCACACAGUGCUCGGACCUGCAACAGCACGAUGAACUGAAUGGACAAGCAACACUCCAGGACAAAACGGUGUAUGGUGUGGAGAACAGCAGCACUUUCCUGGAGUGUAGUCCCAAAUCCCAGAGAGCCCUGACUUACUGGCAGUACCAGCGAUCCACUGACGACCGCAAGCAAGAGAUCAAGUCAGAAGACCGUUUCAUCCGUACGGAGCAAGGCCUCCUGAUCCGAACUCUCAGCCAGAAGGACUCAGGCAUCUAUCUGUGCCACGCGGUGGAGCACGGCUUCAUGCAGACCGUUCUGAAGGUUAACUUAGAGGUCAUUGACACGGAGCGGCUGGAGGAUCUCCUGCACCGCGAUGAAAACGCUGCAGCCGGUAUUCCCUCCCAGGAUGUUUCCCCAGCCAGGGAAUCUCCCAAUCAAAAACUCUGGUACAGAGACUUCCUGUCUUUGGUCAAUCACCCGACGCUGAACAGCGUGGACGAGUUCUGCGAGCAGGUCUGGAAGAGGGAGCGGAAGCACCGGAAGCAGAAAGCUCAGCUGGUGCAGCAAGUACAAUUACACCAGCAGCAGCAGCAGCAGAAGGUUGUGAUCAACCCUCACAAUCACAUGCAUGCGCAGGGGCUGGCGGCCAAGUGGAAACACCUGCAAGAGCGGCAGAAGGGACGCAACCGCAGGACCCAUGAACUGGAGAGGGCCCCCCGCAGCGUCUGAGCUAUAAACCCUGACUUUUUAGCACUGAGACUUGAAAACCGCAGCCAGUUCUCAUAAUGUAAACCUGAUUAACUUAUCGUGCUUCUCUCCUUCAUUCUGAGAUUUCUUCCACAGAGACUGGACCGAAAAGUGGAACUUCAUUAAAAAAAACAAAACAAAAUGUAACCCUGACUUAACCAGCUGGUGCGUUCUGCGCGUGGGCAGCCAUGUUUACCGUACGGAGGACUGCAGGAACCAGGAUGUUGUAUCACGCCAGACCAAUGGGGCAUAUUAUCUCAGCUGGCCUCUGUGGCCUGAACUCUGCAGAGGGACGGCGUCCGCCGGCACUCAGACUGGACGCACAAACCCACCCCGAAGACACGAGUGACUCUGAAGGGCGAGACGGCGACGGCGACGGCGUUCUGUCACUCUAGACUAGUUCAGCGUCUUUGUCAAUGUGAAACUGAGUAGAUGAUUAUCUGAUAAGUUGUUUUUCUACUACAUAUAUAUGAAUGAAAACUAUAGUGAGGUUGUAUUAAAACAAUAAAGAGGACUUACUGUGGAACGACAGGGACAAAAUGGAUAAAGUUCAUCUUAAGGAUUACAUGAAAUAUUUGGUAAUUUAAGGAGAUAAGUGAGUCCGCAUGAGAACAGAAAGUUGCCCAAGCACUGCAAGAAGGACAGACUGUCACCAUAUGUUCAAUAAAUCUAAUAUUGUAACUAAGAUGUGUAAAUAAUGUACUCUAUGAAGUCUGUUCAUACUAAAGGGAAUGGCUCACAGUCAUCUAUUUGCUUCAUGCUGUUUUUUUCCAGAUCAAAAUUUAUUUAAGAGUCUGCCAGAAACUGUUGGAAACAGGGAGCGUUUGUACUAAUCUGUGUGUGUCUAUGCCCUAGAUAAGCUUCCCAAACUGUCUUUUUUAAAACUUCUGUUCAAUAUUUUUAAUCAUCAGACUAUUUUUUACUCAUCUAUGAAAAUUAAUUUCUCUUUAUAAGGAUGCGAAUCAGUGCGCGACUUGUUAUUCUGCGUUCUUCCAAGUUUAUUUAAUGACAUUUUGUAUCCACCUUGUUUCUACCACUAGUGUAUUUAUUGAUAUACAGUUGUGUGCAUUGUUAAAGAAAAUAAUUUACAAUUUUCUUGAGUUUAUCAAUGAGUGUGAUUGAUUGAUUUUUCAGGACCAAUCUCAUAAAAAAAAAGACAAAACAAAACAAUUAUAUAAUCACAAAUACUAUACGGAGACUUCUUGGUCAAUAACACAUUAUAUUUCAAAUGCACUGAGGAAUAAGCCAGUAUCUAGACUGUAUUUUCUUCCACAUUCGUUGCCUCAUGUCAUUGCUUCUGGUGGUGCGGUGAGAGACUGAAUUUCACUGCAUGUAACAUAACAGCACAAAAUCUGAGAACAUGAAACAACACACAAACACAACCCUGGAAUGUAGCUGUGAACAUUGUGUAAAUAAGAAUACUGCGGUCUGUGUUCGACAAAUAUGACACUACGUACUAGUGCAUGUGAAUACUAGUGUUGUGUUUUUGCAAUAGCAAUGAUAUACUACUCCAAUGUUGUCACUGUUGAGUUGUUUGUGUAUUCCGUACACAAUAGGUCUUUUUCAGAGAUGUAUAUACGUCUGUUAGAAUAUCGUCUACUUGAUAUAAACAAGAGCUGUACAGGAAUUCUCCACCAAGCAGUUAUCAGCAAUGAACACUUGAGCUUUGCGACGUUACAGGAUGCUCGAUAACCUCGUGUAAUGACUGUUUCCAGGCUUCAUCUGCAUUGAGAAUAAUGACAGAGGAGGAUGAGAAACAGCUGCGGUCGACCUCAUGAGAAUUCAGGCUCAAAAGACAAGCUCAGCUCUGGAGCUGGAUGUCAAUAUAAGAUCACCACGGAUAAGAAUAAACGUAUGGGACCUGUCUUGGACAUGGACUGGAAGUUAGGAAAUGAAGUGCUGCUGUUGCUGCUUUUUGCAUAAAGAUGAUGAUGAUGAUGAUGAUGAUGAUGAUGGUGAUGUAUUCUACUGAUCUAAUAAAUGUCUCUUCAUAAAGUGCUGGUUUUAUUAAAUCUUUUCCAGUCCUGCCGGCAUCAUGGUAAAACGUGAUUUCCUGUUGCGUACAUUAUGAGAUUAGAUUC